AUGACAGGUGGUUAUAAAUUACUUCCUAGUGGCCUUGCCGCAAUUGAAACUAAACUAGGGUGGACACUAAUGGGGAAGAACUCUAGUUUAGAAUCUCGAGAAAGCACUGCAUUACUUGUAACGAGUAUGAUUUGUAAUGAUACUUGUAUAUCAAACUUGUGGUCACUGGAAACGAUCGGUAUACUGGAUCCAUCUGAGAAGAAAACGCAAGAUGAAUUGCAUGCAGCAGCUAAAGAAAAUUUUUUGAGAACUGUUAGAAUAGACGAUGAAGGAAGGUUUAUCGUUGAUUUGCCUUGGUUGAGUGAACAUCCCCCUCUGCCUGAAAAUUUUGAAUUGGCUUUGAAGAGACUGAACAACACAGUAAAGAACUUAAAAGCGAAAAAUCUGUAUGAGGAUUAUGACCUGGUUUUCAAAGAAUGGGAAAAGGAGGGAAUAAUUGAAGAGGUUCCUUAUAAUGAAAUUCAAGAACCAUCGCAUUAUUUACCACAUCGGCCUGUUGUCAAAGAAAAUAGUACGACUCGCAUUAGGCCAGUAUUCGAUGCUUCCGCUAAGUCGAGAUCUUCACCAAGUCUAAAUGACUGCCUUGAAAAGGGUAUGAACCUUAUUGAAUUCAUUCCAUCAAUAUUAACACGCUUUCGUAUGUAUAAAAUAGGGGUUACUGCUGAUAUAUGUAAAGCGUUUCUGCAAAUCCGUGUAUCUGAAAGAGACAAAAAUUAUCUGAGAUUCCUCUGGUACAACGAUAAGUCUGAGCUAAAGUAUUUCAGGCACUGUCGUGUAAUAUUCGGUGCUUCGUGUAGCCCUUUUUUACUUGGAUCUGUGGUUCAGUAUCAUUUAGAAUCAGCACUAGAAGAGGCACGAGUUGAGUCCUCGAAAUAUCCCGUUGAAACUGUAGAAGAACUUGCUAACAGUUUUUAUGUGGACAAUUGUCUUGUUAGCGUAAAGGAUGAAGCUCAGUUGCAUAAAUUUAUGCAAGCGGCUACAGAAAUAUUAAUGGAGAGAAAAUUUGAAUUACGAGGGUGGGAGUACUCGGAUUCCCGCUGUCAAGUUUCAGAACCCACGAAUAUGCUAGGAAUGAUGUGGGACCGUGGAAAUGAUACCCUCAGUUUAAAGUUAUCACAUGAUACUGAUACCUCUUCGAUGAAAAUUUCUAAGAGGUCAAUUUUGUCUGCUGCACAUAAAACGUUUGAUCCUUUAGGCAUAGUCUGUCCGGUUACUUUACUGCCAAAACUUUUGCUGCAGAGGUUAUGGGAAUGCAAAUUAACAUGGGAUCAAGAAGUAGAUACAAAUAUUGAAGAAGAAUUCUUGAAAUGGUUGAAAAAUUUGGAGACUUUGAAAGAAUUGAAGAUAACUAGAUGGUUGCAAUGCGAAUACGUAAUUGAUAGUUUACAUUUUUUCUGCGACGCUAGUAAGUCUGCCUAUUCAGCUGUUGUUUUUAUAAAAAUUUGUUUGAAUGAUUCAGUAGCUGUUCAUCUGCUAAGAGCUAAAUCUCGGAUUGCACCUUGUGGAAAGAAAGAGACGACUAUAGCAAGAUUAGAGCUUCUUGGAGCCACAAUUUUAGCACGUCUUUCUGUAGAAGUUCUGAAAGAAUUCAAAAAAGAGAAAAUUGUGUUUUGGACUGAUUCUACUACCGUUCUUUCAUGGUUGAGAAGAGAAGGGCCGUGGGGAGUGUUUGUACAAAACCGAGUGCAGGAAAUUAGAUCCUUGACUCCUUUGAAUGCAUGGCGGUUCGUCCCAGGAUCACUAAAUCCAGCAGAUCUUCCGAGUAGAGGUUGUUCUGCUCGUCAACUUCUUUCGUCAAAAUGGUGGGAAGGUCCGCAAUGGUUGUAUUUCCCAUCGGAAGAAUGGCCAAAAGACGAAUUUUGUGUUGAUGAAGAAGAAAUUCAAAGUGAAAGAAAGAGAGGCGUGGUAUCAUCUAUGGUCAACAUGCAAUGCACAGAUAACAUUUGCGACGUCGCUGCACCUGUCAUUUGUGACAUUAUGAAGACGUCACUAUUACAUCUCAUUGUGACGUCGACGCCGCCCUAA